CACACCGAAUAAAUGAUUAUUCAUUCUGUGUCUGUUUACCUGAAUUUUACUAAAGUUCCGUGUUUGAUUGUUGAUUUUCUAAAGAAUUUACGUGUUUAUAAGCUAUCAUGGUUAUAACAGCAAACAAUUUACGCAGCCAAUUGAUGUCGUUGGUAAACUUCUCAGGAACCCAUAAAGAGCAGACGGAUCGAUAUCGCCAACUUCUUGAAGUUGUGCUCACCAAUACCGGCAAUGAUUUGAUCGAUACUCUAAAACUGUUCGUUGAAGCUAUUGUUAAUGAGCAUGUUAGUCUGGUCAUAUCACGGCAGAUACUAAAUGAUGUUGGAAUUCAGCUAAGUAAACUUCCCGAUGAAGUUUCCAAGGUGGUGUCACAUUUUACUUUGGAUAAGGUCCAACCGCGUGUAAUAUCAUUUGAAGAACAGGUGGCCGGGAUUCGUCAGCAUUUAGCUGAAAUAUACGAGCGUAAUCAGCAGUGGCGAGAUGCCGCUAAUGUGUUGGUCGGCAUACCUCUGGAAACAGGACAGAAACAAUAUACAGUGGACUACAAACUAGAAACAUACUUAAAAAUAGCUCGCCUAUAUUUGGAAGAGAAUGAUUCAGCACAAGCUGAAUUUUAUAUUAAUCGAGCCUCAUUAUUACAGGCAGAGACACACAGUGAGGAACUACAAGUCAUGUAUAAAGUUUGUUAUGCCCGUGUUUUGGACUAUCGUCGGAAAUUUAUUGAAGCGGCACAACGCUACAAUGAACUUUCUUACAGAACUAUUGUAGAUGAAGGGGAACGUAUGACAGCUCUUAAAAAGGCAUUAAUAUGCACAGUCUUAGCAUCCGCUGGUCAGCAACGCUCUCGUAUGUUAGCUACUCUCUUCAAAGAUGAACGUUGUCAACAAUUGCCAGCCUAUUCCAUACUUGAGAAAAUGUAUUUGGAUCGCAUUAUAAGGCGUUCAGAGUUGCAGGAGUUUGAAGCUCUUCUGCAGCCCCAUCAGAAAGCUGCCACUGUUGACGGUUCAUCUAUUUUAGACCGCGCCGUUUUCGAACACAAUCUUUUAUCUGCCAGCAAAUUGUACAAUAACAUAACAUUUGCAGAAUUAGGUGCUCUACUGGAAAUUCCCGCUUCAAAAGCAGAAAAUAUCGCAUCACAAAUGAUAACCGAAGGCCGUAUGAAUGGUCAUAUCGAUCAAAUCAUAGGUAUUGUACAUUUUGAGAAACGUGAGGUAUUACCUCUGUGGGAUGGACAGAUACAGUCUCUAUGCUAUCAAGUAAAUUCUAUUAUUGAAAAAAUUGCUGCAGCCGAACCCGAUUGGAUGGCACACACUUUGGAUGGGGUAAACUCUUAAAUUAACGACAAAACACGUUUGUAAAAUAAUCGAAAAAGAAGGAGGAUGGCCUAUAUGUUAUAAACAUUGAUUUUUCAGUCAUGAAAAUUUUUCAAAGCUUUUACUACUGUUAUUAAUUUUAUUCAUAAUGUGGGUUUUUAAUAAAUUUGUCAUAUGGAUGAAUCCUGCGUGACGAACGCUA